AAUUCUCCAUAGUCAGUCAAGUGGUGGCUCCUCCCCAGGUCACAAGGCACCUGGGCACCCAAGGAAGCAUUUAAAAAGGAUGCUUCUUGUAUGUUGAAGCUUCAUUGAAACAUGGGUGACUUGAUAUCACAAAAUCAAUGCUUACAUGCCACAGAAAGGAGAAUUUCCUGGCACUAAAAUAUAUUCUUUUGUAAAAAUUGAUAGUUAAAAAUGCCUGUUACUGUACAAAUAAACACAGCCAUGUCACAUUGUAGGCUGCUUCCCAUAUUGCCUAUCCCUAGUUCUGGCUUCAACUGAUCACUGUCAGAGAGUGGUCACUCAGAGUGGAAGUGAAUAUUGGGUGUGAAGCCAUCUUCUCAGGCACACACACAUAAUCAAAAAGUUUCUGCCAUUUCUCAGACCCCAGAUAUCUAUUCUCAAUGGAUAUAUUUGUGGAGUGUACCUUUGCUAUGUCUAGUCUCACUGGAUGGAUGGGUAUAUUAUUAUAUUCUAACUUAUUUGGAUGGCUGCUACACUUCAUUCUGGAUUAUUACCACGUGGAUGCUUGUGGAACCCAGCAAAGUAAAAAGGGCCUGCUGACUUAAGGAAUGUUGGGGGAAGCUUACUCACAAAAUCCAGCCUAAAAGGAAAGGUGGCGGAUCCUGCCCGAGACAGGUUUCCAAUGGCUGAGCUUUGACAGACACCAAUGCGCCAUGUACAGUGUGGAGGAUCUUCUAAUUUCACACGGACACAAAUUGUCAAGCAAUCCUCUGGUACCACACAAGGAUAGAUAUGAUGGAUAUCAGCAUGGGAGUUCAGAGCGUAGAGCUGGUCACGGAACACUGAAUGGGUUUGAAGCAGCCCCUCCAGCCUUUGUUUGUAAUAAGAAAUCGCUGGGAAAAGGAUAUUUGAGUGACAAUGAGAACAGUGGAGCAGUACCGGGGAGCCACAGAGAACCCCCAAAUUCAUCUGCUUUCCAUCAUUCUGAGGAGGGGUUUUAUAACCAACCACCAUUAGCAUGGUCUUCCCAGCCUAAGACAGAUCUUGUCUCCUGGAGAAGAAAAGGACAAGACUUCAGUGUACUGCUAGAUUAUACAGACAGAGGAAACCUGGAAACCCGGAGAAUGGCAGAGCCCCAUGGUGUGAACCGAAAUGUGAGAGAGGGUCAGUCGGAAGUAGGAUUGAGGACAGAAAACACAAUGAGGAGAGCAGUUUUAGAAGAUAGCUGGAAAAUAUCAGGCGAUCCCAAAUGGCAGAAUGCAAAUUUUGAAAACUGGAACCAGCCUCGGAGAUUGGGGAGGCAGAUGUCUGAUGGAGAUGGUGAGAAGCUGCUUCAAGAUCUUUAUCCUUUCACUAAAGGAGACAGUACACUGAAUUCCCAGAACAAGGGAAAAUCCCAGUCAUUGCCCAGAGUCCUUUCCCCUGAAACUCUAAGAUGUGUGGAAAUGCCCAUUGGGAUCAAUGAAUGUCAUUUCCCAGGAGAUCCUAAAAUGCUAUUUUAUCCUACAAAUAGUCCAUCAAACUUGGAGUACCUAAGAAACCCAGAAAAGGGUGACCCCUACAUUCCUUUACAAAAGCCCAAGUAUGGGAGACCCCUAAAACCUCCCUCUUAUGAACUGCACCGACAAACUCGGGGUGGAGUGGAAACCAGCAGGUAUCAGGAAAACUACCAGAAAGACUCUGUUCCUUUUCUGCCCAAAACUAAUGAGCCCAGACAGGACCUUUAUAACCCAGAUCCGAAUUUGGAGCCUCCCAUGUAUGUCCCACCACCAUCUUACAGGUCACCACCCCACCAGAACACAAAUCCACAUUUCCUAAAUGAAGUGCCUCAUUUCCAGUGUGGUGGCCACAUGCAGCAGCAGCAGCCACCACCACCACCGCCACAGCAGCCGCCACCACCACCGCCACAGCAGCAGCCACUACCACCUGAGAAGCCCAUUGCUGGCCAUUACUCUUCAGCCAGCUCCUACAGGUCUGGGAAUCAAUAUGGUGCAAGCAUAUGUCCCCCCCAGGGGCUUCCUGGACCCCUCCAACACACGGAUGCUUGUGAUACCUCGGUUCAGUAUAUUCCUUUCAGUGACCCACGGAUCCGACACAUACAAGUAACCCAUCAUCAGGACCUUAGCAAGGAUGCCAAACUCCUUGAAAUACUAUGUAAUACAGGCUCCUCUGUUUGCCAAGGACUAGCUCGGGUUCAAGAACAAGAUGGUGGUGCCUUUUUUCAUCCAGAAAGCCUAGUUCCUCCAACCAAAAGUAAGCAUGAUCCUACUACUUAUGCAUCUAGCCUUGGGUGGCUCCAGACAGCGCCACCCCCAGACAGAGAAAUCUGUGCCUUGCCUGACCAAAGAGACAAUUGUGUUUUAAGUGAACAGCAGCCUGACAAGGAAAGCAGCGGUCAGCAGGGUGCUCAAGGAAGAGUUUCUUCCCAAACCCCACAGUGGGAGAAUACCUGUGAAACCGUAACUAAGCUCAAAACAUUUCAAACUGGGAUUUCAACCAAGAAAAGUUCAAAGAAAAAAGUAAAUGAAACAGUAUUUUGCUUGGUUUCGGUCCCAGUUAAAUCCGGGCCACAUCUGCCAGAUACAGAUAGGAAUAACAAUGACUUAAAACUGAGGGCUGAUAAAAAGAAUGGCGAUAAGAGUGGGGCUUUGCAAGAACAAAGUCUUUUAAGCAUGUCUUCCACAGACCUGGAGCUGCAAGCACUUACAGGAAGCAUGGCCAGUAAAACAGAGUUACAAAAACAAGAACCGGGAGGGCCCCAAAUGUACAAACAAACAAAUGACCUCAGAUUCAUUCACCCUAUGAAACACAGAGAACUCAGAUAUUCUGGCUCUUGGCCAGGUGACCAGUACAGAGACCAGCAAACACAGACUACUAUCACCCAAGAUUCCCAAAUCUCAGAGUUUCUUCCUGCUAAAAAGAUGGAAGACCAACCCAAUGUACUGCCCAUUCCCAAAUCAUCAGAACCUAUUCUGAAAUUAUCAGAACCCAUUCUGAAAUCAUCAGACCCCACUCCAAAAUUAGCAGAGCCUUCUGCCUUGGAAACACUGAAGCCAACGGUAUCACUUCCCAAUGACUGGAAAUUGAGGACAGAUACUUGUAAUCUGAAAGGUCAGAUGUAUUUCAGUCCAUCCAGCAAUAGUGCAUUCUCAAAGACUGCUUCAUCCAUGAUUCAGGGUCCUAUAUCAAAAGCAUGCCAAAGCCAGCCUUAUAGAUCCUCUGCCGACAUAAAUGAGAGGGACACCAAGCCAGUGUUUAAGGGUCAAAUCGUGAAGGGUGAGUCAAAUGCCCCAUGCAACAGUAAGGAACUUUUUGGUCAGUUUCUCUUAAAACCAGUUAGCCGUCGCCCUUGGGAUGUAAUAAGCCAGUUAGAAAGUUUUAACAAGGAGCUCCAAGAACAGGAAGAAAGCAGCAGCAACAGUAGUAUUGAUGGAGAGACUGCAGAAAGAGAACAGCAGAUGCAGGAGGAUGCUGAAGCUGAUGCUGAUGCUGAUGUGGUUGCUGAUGCUGAUGCUGAUGCCGAUGUUGAUGUUGAUAUCAAUGUCAAUGUUAAUAUUGAUGCUGGGCUAACGGACCAUAAACCUGAUGAGCCCAGCCAGGAAAUAAGAGUUGAGCUACAGCCAAGAACACUGGUACCAGAGAUUCCUGUAUUUAAAUCAGCAAGAGUUAAGAGUGAGUCAGAGACCUGGAGUGUGGAGCCAACAUCUGAUUUCACAUAUGACUAUUCUCAACCAGAGAUACCGUUACAGGGAAGAGAGAGCAAAGAUGCAUCUGUGAAGUCCACAGAUGAAAAUGCCAUUACAGAAACAAGAAACCAGGAAAUGGAGAACAGAAGAAACCAACUGACUGUCAGUCCAGGACCAGUGAAGAGAAUGGUGUCAAGUAAUUUCAUAAAGACACAUCCAAAUUCCUCGAGCUACCUAACUGACAUUAAAGAGUCCCAAGAAAAUAGGCAAUACAGCAAUGGAGUAGAUUCUGUAACACCAAGCCAAAGGAUUCAUCCCAUGAGUGAUGGAGCUCAAGAGAGGGAGUCACUAGUACACGUUUCUUUUGGGAACAAAAACCAAGGUUUAUUUGAACCAGAGGAAAAGCUAGAUAUGGGUCCACAGCAUAGUACCAACAAGUUAGAUGAUGUUUCAGAAAAACUAGGUGCAACAGAAAUCCCUCCUAAUGAGCCCCUUCAAACAAGGGCUGCACGGAUUCUGGGCAUAGAAGUAGCAGUGGAGUCUCUCAUCUCUACUGACAUGGGGAUAAGGACAAACCUUUCUCCUAUUCCUGAUGAAAGUACCCUCAAGGCUGAUUUGCCAGCAACAGAAGCAUCAUGCAAUUUGAUACAAUCCAAUGACCCCACAUCAUCCCAAAGUGCUUUUGAUAGCAGGAGAAAGUGUGGCUGGACUGAAAGCCCUCUCUUUGUAGGGGAGAGAGACACACAUUUGAAGAUGCAUAGAAUUCCCGAAGAUUCUGAAAUGAUCCCAGAUGUGGAUAGAGAGGACAUCACUAAUUCUUUGGUCCCUGAAUCUGAGCCCAAAUCACCUUCUAUGCUCCAUAAUCAAAAGGACAUCAAGGCAACACAACACUACAAGUCAACUUUGUUUCAUUAUCUAGAAAGGGCCUCCCCUGGGAUGGGCUCAGAAAAGAAAUUCAGAAGCACCUCCAAGGUGAUUGAAACCAUUCAAGAAAAGUUAGUCAGCCCCCCAACCAAAACGGCUGUGGACAGGUUAAUGCGAAUGAAGGAAGUUGACUCCAUCUCUCGAAUUAGACGCCUCAGUGCCAAGAGCAGCGAUUCUGUGGAGGAGACAGAGGAAGAGAAAAAUCAGAGGAGGCUGGAAGGACAGUCAAGGAGCUUUGGCACUUAUAAUGGCAGUGACCCAGGACACAAAAUAGAGAAUGCUGGAAUUGUGUCAAAGAAAAUCACUUCCCUAGAAGAAAAUUGGCAUCUGAUCAAACACAGUGAAACAAAGAAUACAGAUCAAGAAUUUUUUUGCCUAGAUACAUAUGAUCCUAGCCGAGUUGAAAGAGUCUGAUAUAAAUGCCUGUGCAAAUCUUGAACAUCCCAGCCUGCUAAUUAAGUGUUCUCUGAUUUGGGGUUGAUCUGCCUGCCUGCCUGCUUGCUCCAGGCGUUUGCUUAGAAAUCAUCAUUAGUUUUUGGUAUAUUGAUAAAGCCUUUCUCACUGCCGAUAGAAGUUAAUCAAUAAUUCCUCCAGAGCUUUAUUCUGUGAAGUUAAUGAAAAUCUUGGACUUUUGAAGACACAACUUGUUUGUUUGGCAGUUCGAUUAAGUUGUGCCUACAUUUGUCAAGGUAUUUUCACAUAGAUGGAGGCAACUAGGCUAUAAAUGGAAUAGACACAAGAAUACUGCAAAAAUGAUUUGGAAAAGAAUGUGAAUGUGCUAGCUCCCUUUCUGAAUCUCUAAAGCCUAAGCUUUUGUGGUUAUAAGAUGGAAUCUUGGAGACACACUGUUUCUGAGAGUGCUUUUGCACUUUGAGUUGUGGGGAAAUGUGGAAUGAAUAUAAGGUUAGAGACUGAUCCUUUUACAAUCAAUUUGGCCACCUACUGUUAAAAAUAAUUUCCUUUAAUUAUAUAAGUAUACUCACCACAUUUAGGGAAUAAAAGCAAUAUCUAUAAGCUCCUAAGGGACAAGGACUUGUGCCAUAAUGGACUAAGAAUAUUAUUUAUGGAGCAACCAAAUAUUUUGGUCAGUUGCAAACAAUGCCAUUGUGUGUUUUGCACUCAGUAUUAUCUACUUUUAUUUUCUGUAUGGAUGUUUAGAAAUUCUUUUAUAUGAAAAGAAAUUGCUGAUUUAAAAUAGCCCAUUUUAACAAAGUAACUAUAUUUCUUUUUAGAAGAAUACUAUUUUUCUAUGAUGUAAACUAUUGUUUGGUGGCAGAUUUUUAAAGAAGUAUUAUAUUUAAAAGAAUCUGUAUCCCUUUGUGUGAAGGGAACCCUAAGGAGGGUUCAGUUUGAUGUUUUCAUGUAUAUGUUAUAUCUCUUAUUCAUAUACAAUGCUGCCACUUGGAUUUUGUUGUGAAAAGAGAUGUCUAUAUAUACAUAUAUAUAUUAUGGAGUUAAUUAACUCUUUUUAAAAAUGAACUUUUCACAAAGAUUUUUCACAAACAUAGUUGAUGGGGUAUUUUUGAAAGCUGUCCCUUUCAGGGCACAGCUGAAAUCCUCCAAUUAUCAUAACUGGUGCCAGAUUAACUAGAAUGACCAAAAAGUGGUUUCAUAUUGUGUCUGAUUGUAUAGCCCUAAAAUACAUCUUCCCCAAUCCACCCAAUAUACUUCCCUCUCCCCUAUUCACCACCAUACACUACAUACACAUACAUACACAGUUAUGUAUUUUACCUGAUGAAUUUGAAUUAGUCUCUGUAUUAAAAAUAUUACUUUGAGACAUUAAAUGUAUGACAUUUCAAAAGCAUAUUAUAAAGCCUGUACAUUCUGCUGUGUUUAAUAUUGCAUUAACCUGCACAAACUUUAUUUAUGAAUUUUUUAUGUGUCUCUGUCCACUCUCUUUGUAAGAUAUUCUGGUUUGCUAACAUUUAUUUGAAGAUUCCUUUUUUCCAUCCCCCAUCUCCUUUGCAGGAGAGUUGUCUCUUCCAUUGUCCUUUCUUAAAAAACUCCCUUGUCUAUUUUUGUUCAUCUCAACUUCCUGAAAUGAUCAUCUUUGGGUGGUCUAUAAUUUGGCCCCAAAAACAAUCCUCAUGGUGCUUAGACAACCCCUUUUAUAUCUCUACCAUGUGAUUUUUUUUAAUAGAAGAACUUUAUACAUUUAGUCUAUUAUAAACAAAACAAGAUCCAUGUAACUCAUUCUUCAAAAUCCUCUCAUGUAAGCUGAUGAACAAUCUUGGCCCACAUCCUGUUACUCACUUUAAGUUUUGGUUUUUCCAGCUGGAAAGUUACAAUAAGAUAAAGCAUUCAUAUCAGUAGUAACUAGGGUCAAGUCACUGCUUGAAAUGGCCACAAAACUACUCUUUCUGGGAAAGACAAACUUUGAUCAUUGGUUAACCACUUAGAUUAAUGUUGGGCUACCUGGACUGAUAUGGAACCAUCUGAAGAGCCUAUUUUGGGGACUCAGUAACCUUUUGACAUUUAGAAGUUGGGAAGAAUCCUUUUUUAAAAAGUCUUACCCUGCCCUCUCUAAAAUUAUCAACAUAUUUCCUAGAGGUAGUCAAGUGAGAAACAUUAUCCUAUAAAUCAUGGAAAGGAGAAACUGAGCUUUAUUCUUAUUCAGGUUCUUAAUGGCCACAGUGGGGGGUGGGGGGGGUGGAAACCUACAAGAAAGCAAGAAAACAGACAAAAUGUCCUGUUCCAUUAUAGCAGAUAAAUAAUUUAAGAAGUAUAGUGUAGAGGAUUGUGACCUUGAGAUUUUCUCUAGUCUCAGACAAUUGGCAAAUACAUCAUCCCUAAAUAUGGCUUAUUUGAAGAUCUGAAGCUGUGAGAUCAAUGUCUUGACAUUGCUCUCACCCGUUAAAUGGAGUGUAAUUAAUCAAUCAGUAGCAAUUACUUGAUUUAACUACAAUGAAUAAUUUCCACAUUACCUAUUUGCCAAUUUGUUUUCUUGGUAAAUAUGGCUAUUAACAUGGUGAUAUUUGCCAAGAGUUUGGGGAAUUAAAAGAUUAAAGUUUAGUUCUGAUCAAUUUUAAUGUAGAAAUUUAUAGCUGAAGCACAUAUGAAGCAGAAGUAAGUGACAACUUAAAAAGUAAGGAAAAGAAAUUUAGCUAAUGGUUACUUGAUUCUGAUUUACCUUACCUUGAAGCAAAACUUUCAACUGAUUGAAAGCAGUAACUUUCAACAUUCUUUUCCUAUAUCCUUUGCCAUAUCCACAGCCAUCCCAGAGUACCAACCAAACCUUUGGAUGUAAAAAAACAAAAAAUUCCCCCUGGGAAGCCGCUAGUCACACUGUCUCCCACCCUUAUUCUGCAUAAUUUUUCUGACCCAGUGGAUUUUUUGAAACUUCCUUUUAGAGUCAUUGGUUUAUUGACCAAUUGGUUAGGUAGAUGUUAGUAGUUGAAUUGUACUACAGCAUCAUGGAAUAGGAGGGAAUUCCCACACUGAUCAAAUCUUCAACAGGUUCUUAACAGGUUUUUACUUUUUUAAUUGGUGAAAAGCCACUGCUAUUUAAAAUCAUCAGGUUGAAACAAUCUAUUCCAAGACCUUGGGACCCACUUUUGAGCCUAUGGCACAGCCUAUCCCACGAUAAAGGAUCCAUUUGAAGUACACCUGCCACAAAUUCAAGUGGUUCACCAGUGAGCUAGGUUAGCAUGACCCUAACCACUUUUAAAGAGAAAAACAGUGGUUCUUCCCAGCAAUUGCAGAUCAUGACAUUUCUACUGCUAGAAUGUUAGACGCUGACUAGAAAAUGGCUAAUUACUGUAUGGAGAAAAUCAGAUUUCAACUCAUUUCAGAAAAAGUGACUGGAAGGAACCCCGGAUUAAUCCAGCAACUUUCAAACAGUUUAUUUGUGAUUGUUGGCCAUCUUUACUGAAAGUUACUAAGUAAUGCAGAAUUAAGUGUCAAGGUUAACAUCUCUUGGAAAGCAACAAGUGCCACAGUAUUACAAUUAUAUAAAUAUUUGACUUUGAGGAAAUGUUUCUGAUGUUCUAAGUUUUUGUAAGCAAAGACUUUCAUAUUUGGGGCCAUUGUUCCGCUUAAAACAAGAACUGCCGGAUCCAUCUGUAUAUGUAUGCAGAAUUGAAGAUGUGGGGAUGGGAUGGAGCUAAGUUAUUGCUGGAGUGGGGGAAUUUUUGCAUGUCUUUUUUUCCUCCUCAAGCAGUAGAUUCUGUGCAUCUGUUUAUGGGAGGACAGUUGCUACUUUAAACUGGGUUUAGGGAAAACAUUCCAAAUGACCUUUAAAAGUCUGCACAGUGGGAGGUCUCUCCAGAGAGUGGGAUGAUCCUCUCUGGCCAGGACUAACCAGACCAAGAAUAGGGAGAUGAUGAAGAGGAAGAGAGGAGAGAGACAGAGAGAGACAGAAAGGCAGGAGAGGGAGAGAGAGAGAGAGAGAGAGAGAGAGAGAGAGAGAGAGAGAGAGAGAGAGAGAGAGAGAGAGAGAGAGAGAGAGAGAGAUAGAGAUUAGAGAAAGAGGGAGGGUAAUUUAUGCUACAUCCCUUUUCAGCAAAAGUUUCACCUAAAGGAUGCUGCAGGCCUGGGACUAUCCUAGUGCUAGGUGGGGGGAGGGGGGGAAUGCUGACUUAGGUUUAUGAGCUCUUGUUCUAUAUUGUUGCCUUUAUUCAGACAACAUCAUAUAGAAGUUCCUGUUCAGUGGCCCCUGCUAAGUGGCUAAAACAGAACUCUUAAUUGAAAUCCAGCUUUCCUGUCCAUUUGCACAAAGGCCUUGAUUUGGGGCAGGGAGGCAGACAUUGUUUUCCAUAGAAUAAUGCUCUUUCUCAUAUAGGAGCCAGGUUCCCUACAUCUCAAUAGCUCCUCCAGAGAAGCAAUUCAGCUUCCUCCUUCCUCCACUUACCCUCCAACCCCCACUGCCAGUGACUUGGUGUGUAGCCUUCAGUGUCUUGGGGUGGGAGGGAAGGGAAUGUAGUUGUGAGCAGCAUAUGGCAGGAAUUAGAAAUAAAAAGGAUACAUCCCAGCCAGGGGAAAUGGCAGUAACCUCCAGAUUAUAAAAUAAAUGAGAUCCUCUCCACCUGGGUCAGCAGAAAUCCCAACCAUCACACCCAGGCCUGAAAGAGAAAAUAACCAGAAACAUUCCUGCAGAAAUUUCUUAAAUGCAGUGAACACAAGCAUCUUGGUGAACAAUGGAUGCUUUGCAUCUGCCUAUGUGUGUCACCGAGCACUGUUACAGAGGUGAGGGAGCCCCGUGGCAGGUCAUACUAGCUCUGAACCAUAGCUACAUGGUCCUCUAGUCCAAGAAAAUGCAUAGUGAGAAAGGGAGAUGAAGGGAACAUAUGAAUGAGACAGAGGGGAAAAAUGUAAGUGAAUGAAUCUUUGUAAAAUGUAAUGGGAUGGAUGAAUGUCUUCAAAGAGCUUUGUAUUUCUCUGCACAAUGUAAAUACUGUGUUGCUAUACUCUAUUACUAUUUAAGGGUGAUUAACCCUGCUAUCUAAUGCACAUGUCCCAAAUAAAGAUUUUGCAUGAA